AGGACGUGCAAGAGGAGACCGCUGGAGAGGAGAGGAGAGGACAGAGUCCCCUAACCGGCACCGUUUCAUACAGAGUUGUAUCUAUUCAGUAUUAUAUUUUAACCUAUUGGAAGUUUAAAAAGGGAAGAUGGCUCAGACAGACAACAAGAAGUUCUUUGAGAACCUGACGGGCGCUGGGAAAGCCAUAGCAGUGCUCACGAGCGGAGGAGAUGCGCAAGGAAUGAAUGCUGCUGUUCGGGCUGUGGUCCGAAUGGGAAUAUAUGUUGGAGCCAAAGUGUACUUCGUUCAUGAGGGAUAUCAGGGUAUGGUGGAUGGAGGCGACAACAUCAAGGAGGCGACAUGGGAGAGUGUGUCCAGCAUGCUGCAAAUGGGAGGCACUGUUAUCGGCAGCGCACGAUGCAAAGAUUUCCGCACGCACGAAGGUCGUCUGAAGGCGGCUCAUAACCUGGUGCAGAGGGGCAUCACUAACCUGUGUGUGAUUGGUGGAGACGGCAGCUUGACCGGGGCCAAUAUCUUCAGAGAGGAGUGGAGCGGGCUGCUGGCAGAGCUGGUCCAGCAAGGUCUGAUCGAUGAGGAGGCAGCUCAGAAAUACUCUGCUCUUCACAUUGUGGGCAUGGUGGGCUCUAUCGACAAUGACUUCUGUGGCACCGACAUGACAAUAGGAACAGACUCAGCCCUCCACAGAAUCAUCGAGGUGGUGGAUGCGAUCAUGACUACAGCUCAGAGUCACCAGAGGACAUUUGUGCUGGAGGUGAUGGGCAGGCAUUGUGGCUAUCUGGCACUGGUGAGUGCCCUGGCAUGUGGAGCCGACUGGGUGUUGAUUCCUGAAAUGCCCCCUGAGGAUGGCUGGGAAGAGAAAAUGUGUCAAAAACUCUCUGCGAAACGGGCAGGAAUGAAAAGGCUGAAUAUCAUAAUAGUAGCUGAAGGUGCGAUUGAUCGUAACAACAAGGCCAUUACCUCAGAACAUGUAAAGAAUCUGGUGGUUCAGCGUCUGGGCUUCGACACACGCGUGACCAUCCUGGGCCACGUCCAGAGAGGAGGGACCCCCUCGGCAUUUGACAGGCUUCUGGCCAGUCGUAUGGGUGUGGAGGCGGUUCUGGUGCUGCUUGAGACCACUGCAAACUGCGUGGUGUCUCUGUGUGGGAACCAGUCUGUGCAGCUGCCCCUCAUGGAGUGUGUGCAGAUGACUCAGGAGGUGCAGAAGGCCAUGGAUGAGAAAAGAUUUGAAGAGGCCGUGAGGCUACGUGGCAGAAGUGAUUUUAAUGUAAACUAUUGACAUGUUAUGUCUUCAUCCCCAAUUCAGAGCGAUUUUAAUGUGGCUGUGUUGAACGUGGGUGCCCCUGCCGCCGGCAUGAACGCCGCCGUGCGCUCUGCUGUCAGAGUGGGCAUCUCCGAGGGACACAAAAUGUUCGCGGUCAACGACGGAUUUGAAGGAUUCAGUAAGGGACAGAUAAGAGAGAUCAAAUGGGCAGAUGUAGGUGGAUGGACGGGUCAGGGUGGAUCCCUGCUGGGAACUAAACGAACGCUUCCUGCAAAGCACAUUGACAAAAUUGCAGAACAGAUGCGAAAGUAUAACAUAAAUGCACUGUUAGUGAUCGGAGGAUUUGAGGCCUUCCUGGGGAUCAUGGAGUUGUUAGCAGCCCGCGGGACUUAUGAUGAGUUGUGUGUGCCAAUGGUCAUGGUGCCGGCGACAGUCUCCAACAAUGUGCCCGGCUCAGAUCUCAGCAUUGGUGCAGACACGGCUCUGAACGCUAUCACUGAUACAUGUGACCAUAUAAAGCAGUCUGCCAGCGGAACGAAGCACCGCGUGUUCAUCAUCGAGACCAUGGGAGGUUACUGUGGUUAUCUGGCCAGUGUUGGUGGACUGGCGGCUGGAGCGGAUGCUGCAUAUAUCUUUGAGGAGCCGUUUGACAUCAGAGACCUACAGUCUAACGUAGAGCACUUGACAGAGAAAAUGAAGACCAGCAUUCAGAGAGGACUAGUCCUGAGGAAUGAGAACAGCAAUGAAAACUACACCACAGACUUCAUCUAUCAGCUCUACUCCGAGGAGGGCAAGGGAGUGUUUGACUGCAGGAAGAAUGUUCUGGGUCACAUGCAGCAGGGUGGUGCUCCUUCUCCAUUUGACCGUAACUUUGGGACCAAAAUCGCUGCCAAGGCCAUGCAGUGGAUCACCAAGAAGCUGAAUGAAAGCUACAGAAAAGAUGAAGGGAGAGUGUUUGCUAACACAGAAGACUCGGCCUGUUUGCUGGGCAUGCGGCGGCGUGCGAUGGUCUUCCAGCCUGUGGUUCAGCUCAAAGACAAGACCGACUUUGUUCACAGAAUCCCUAAGGAACAGUGGUGGCUGAAGUUACGUCCACUCAUGAAGAUCCUGGCCAAGUACAAGACCAGCUACGAUGUGUCAGACUCUGGACAGCUGGAACAUGUGGUCCUCAACCGACCCAAAGAGUCUGAGGCCAUGGCUGCCAUUUAAACGCAUCCAAACAGUGGCGCUGUUCAAAGGUCACGCUUUAGACGGGCCGUCUGUCCUGCGAGUGCUGUCCUCGACACUUUUGAUCUCUGGGCCUCAGCAAAUUGUUCUGUCAACACUUUGUUUGAAAAAUGUCACCCACAGAAAUCAAUGUUAAUCGUAGGAGAGUGUGAGAAGCAGUGGCGUUUCGUUUUGCUGUUUUAUGUCCUUUGCUCCUGUCGCCCCGCUGUCACCUCGUCACCUUGCAAUAGUGUUCCGCUUCAAAGCACAUUUCUCUCUCUCUCUCUCUGAAGUUCUCGGAAAGAAGUAAAAAUUCCUCGUUCCGGUGUGAAGUCCACAUUGCUAGAGCACCGAUUGAUGUUUGAAUGUAUUGCGUCAUCAAGUGUUAACAUUUGCCUGACCAAUAAAGACCACGAUCACAUGUG